AUGAACGCACUCGACAAGAUCUUUGAUACUUUACACCAAAAUGUGAAAGAGGGGAAAUUGUAUGAGGCUUUGAUGCAGUACAAAUCGCUUUAUUCAAGAUAUGUUAGAAGAUCUCCCACUCAUGGACUGUCAAUUAUCACAGACGGGUGUACCCUCUUAUCUCAAGAAAAGGACUUGAACGCGUUUUAUGGGUUAGUCGACUUCUACGUGAAAAUACUGACGGCCAAAAAAGAGGCAGUGACUGAAGAGGAGGUCAACCCACUCUUAGCAAUCAAAAAUACACCAAUCGACAAAGAGAAAGAAAAGGCGCUUGAGGAGAUAUUUGAACUCUGUCAAAGGAACAAACUGAGCGCUAUUUCGAACACUUUUGCGAUGGAAAUGUGCUUAGUUAAUGUCAAGUUAAAUAACAUCCAAAAAGCAGUCAACUACUCGAUCGGAAAUGUCAAGUUGUUCGAAUCAGUGAUGAAAGAAAUUGAACAGAGUGAGACUGUAAAACAUGAACACGUUUAUCUUCUUACAACACUAAAAACACUCUUGGUCGAACCAAAAUUGGCAAGAAACUUAUAUUCAUUUGUCGAGAGUAAUUACAAAGGGAUUUUGGGAACUAGAGAAUCCCAGGCAAGUGUGCUUUUAACCGUGCUUGUGAUGAAGGUCGUCGAACAAAUAGAUCCGCUUGACAAAAUUUGUGAGGCAUUCGGAAAGGCCGAGGGGGCGUUCAAAGACGUGUUUGAAACGUGCAAAGAGGAUGUUGGAAUGCUGAAAGCAAAGUACUUCACACCACAAAAGGAAAGAACACAGUUCAACCCAUUCAUACAACCUCACUGA